CGCAAGAGGCAGACUGAAAUAGAAGGCAAGCGACAACAGCUUGACGAGCAGAUACUUCUCCUGCAGCAUUCCAAGUCCAAAGUGCUUCGGGAGAAAUGGCUGCUGCAGGGUAUACCCGCUGGAACUGCCGAAGAGGAGGAAGCCAGGAGGCGGCAAUCUGAGGAGGAUGAGUUCAGAGUCAAGCAACUUGAAGAUAACAUUCAGAGGCUGGAGCAGGAAAUACAAACGCUAGAAAGCGAAGAGUCCCAGAUAUCUGCCAAAGAGCAAAUCAUCCUAGAGAAACUGAAGGAGACAGAAAAAUCCUUCAAGGACUUUCAAAAGGGCUUCUCCAAUACGGAUGGAGGAGUCGAGUGGGAGAGUGCCCUGUUAAAGGGAGAUGAGUCAGCCUCGUAUGACACAGAAACAUCCAGCCCAGACAUGACUAUCAAGAAGCCUCCCCAGCUUUCUGAGGAUGACAUCCGGCUGAACAACGAGAGAGACAACUGUAGUGCCAACCUCCUGGAGCCUGCUCCCAGUUCUCUUUUCCCAGACCACAAAAACAUGGAAAUUGAGGUGUCUGUGGCAGAAUGUAAAAGUGUUCCUGGGAUCACCUCUACCCCACAUUCCAUGGACCACCCCUCUCCUUUCUAUGCACCCCCUCAUAAUGGCCUCCUCACUGAUCACCACGAGUCCCUGGAUAACGAUGUAGCCAGAGAGAUCCGAUAUCUAGACGAGGUGCUGGAGGCCAACUGCUGUGAUUCUGCUGUGGAUGGAACUUACAACGGAACAUCCUCCCCGGAGCCUGGCGUGGUGGUCCUUGGAGGCAGCCUAAACCCCCCUGUGCACACGGCCCUCCAGCCAGAACCCACCGAGAGAGCAGCUGGUAGGCAGGCACCUCCUCACAUUGAGCUCAGUAAAAGUGACUCUGACAUAAUGGCUGAGGGGGAAAGAGCGAAUGGCCACUCCCCUGGCCAGCCCCGAGAUAUGCUGGGGGACAGCCUGCAGGCACCUGUGAGCCCCAGCUCCUCCACCAGCUCCCGGUGUUCUUCCCGUGAUGGAGAGUUCACACUUACCACGCUGAAGAAGGAGGCCAAGUUCGAGCUGCGUGCCUUCCAUGAGGACAAGAAGCCCUCCAAGCUCUUUGAGGAUGAUGAGCAUGAAAAAGAUCAGUACUGCGUCAGGAAAGUGAGGCCUUCAGAAGAAAUGCUGGAGCUGGAGAAGGAGAGGAGGGAACUCAUCCGCAGCCAGGCGGUGAAGAAGAAUCCUGGCAUUGCAGCGAAAUGGUGGAAUCCCCCCCAGGAAAAAUCCAUCGAGGAGCAGCUGGAUGAGGAACAUCUGGAAUCACACAAAAAGUACAAGGAGCGCAAGGAAAGACGGGUUCAGCAGGAACAGUUGCUGCUGCAGCAGCAGUUACAACAGCAGCAGCAGUUCCCGCCGCAGCUCUCCACAGCCCCUGCCUCCUCUCAUGAACAUUCAAGCAUGAUUGACAAAGCAAAGGAGGACAUCGUCACAGAGCAGAUAGAUUUCUCUGCUGCUCGCAAACAGUUCCAGCAGAUGGAGAAUUCCAGGCAAAACCUGGCCAAGGGCCAGAGCACACCCAGGCUGUUCUCCAUCAAGCCCUUCUACAGGCCUCUGGGGUCAAUCAACUUGGACAAGCCACUGACCGUCUCCAGACCAGCUUCUGUCGGGGGACUUCCUGAAGACAGUGGUGCAUCCACAGCCAAGGGGCAGAAAGUCUCCUGCACCCUGGAGAGCCAGUCAGUGGGAGGAGGCCAGGGCACCACAGCCCCUCAGGGGAAGGAAGGGCCCUACAGUGAGCCAUCUAAGCGUGGGCCCUUGUCUAAACUGUGGGCAGAGGAUGGAGAGUUUACGAGCGCCCGGGCCAUCCUCACCGUUGUCAAGGAUGACGACCAUGGGAUUUUGGAUCAGUUUUCAAGAUCGGUCAAUGUCUCCUUGACCCAAGAGGAGCUUGACUCUGGUUUGGAUGAAUUGUCAGUGAGGUCCCAGGAUACUACGGUCUUGGAGACCCUGUCCAAUGAUUUCAGCAUGGACAACAUCAGUGACAGCGGGGCCUCCAAUGAGACAACCAAUGCCCUCCAGGAAAAUUCGCUGGCUGAUUUUUCUCUGCCCCAGACUCCACAAACUGACAACCCCUCAGAGAGCCGAGGAGGUGUUUCUAAGUCAUUUAGUGAUCAUGGUUUCUAUUCCCCUUCUUCUACACUGGGAGACUCUCCAUCAGUUGAUGACCCCUUGGAAUAUCAGGCUGGUCUCCUGGUACAGAAUGCCAUUCAACAAGCCAUAGCUGAGCAGGUAGAUAAAGCUGUGUCCAAAACCAGCAAGAUUGGGGCAGAGCAGCAGGGACCUGAAGCGACCCUGGAGGAAGCCGAAACAGAGGCCUCCAGCCCAGAGAAGCCUCAGAGUAUGUUUGAGCCACCUCAGGUGUCUUCUCCUGUUCAAGAGAAAAGGGAUGUAUUACCAAAGAUUCUGCCUGCUGAAGACAGGGCGCUCAGGGAAAGGGGGCCUCCCCAACCACUGCCAUCUGUGCAGCCCAGUGGCCCAAUAAAUAUGGAGGAGACCAGGCCCGAAGGGAGCUAUUUCAGCAAGUACUCGGAGGCAGCCGAGCUGAGAAGCACAGCCUCCCUCCUGGCCACUCAAGAAUCUGACGUGAUGGUUGGGCCCUUCAAGCUGAGGUCAAGGAAACAGCGGACUCUGUCCAUGAUCGAAGAAGAGAUUCGAGCAGCUCAGGAAAGGGAAGAGGAGCUAAAGAGGCAGAGACAAGUCUUGCAGAGUACACAGAGCCCCAGGGCAAAGAACGCCCCAUCGCUGCCCUCUAGAACAUGCUACAAAACUGCUCCAGGGAAAAUAGAGAAAGUCAAAGCUCCUCCAUCCCCUACCACUGAAGGCCCCAGCUUGCAGCCUGACUUAGCCCCCGAAGAGGCUGCCGGAACCCAGCGGCCCAAGAAUCUGAUGCAGACCCUCAUGGAAGACUAUGAGACACACAAAUCUAAAAGGCGCGAGAGAAUGGAUGAUAGUAGUUACACUUCUAAGUUACUGUCUUGCAAGGUGACUUCCGAGGUCCUUGAGGCCACACGGGUUAAUCGAAGAAAGAGCGCACUGGCCUUGCGCUGGGAAGCGGGGAUCUAUGCCAACCAGGAGGAAGAAGACAACGAGUAACCUUCCUUCAACCCAGAAAGCUGAUUUGGUGCUUGGGAUACCAAGAGACCAAGAAAUUAACAACUCAAAGCAUUUUAAUGGACUAUUUAUUACAGUGCAAACAAACCCAGCAAUCCUUAUGUAGACCAAAAGCUGCAAUAUACACAAUGAUUAAAAAAAUGAAGGAGUCAAAAGAGAAAGGAUUUCUUUGUGACUCAAAGAAUCUCAGUGUCUAGAUUUGGGUUAAUCUACAAUUGAUCCAAAAGGACAAAGAGGUUACAAGCAAAUAACAUAGUGGCUGCAGGCAGAACUGAGACCAGCCUUGCUGGGUAAUGAGGAAGAACCAUGGUGGUAGGGCCAUUUAGAGAGCAAUAGCUAGUGCAGUCUACAUGGUGUAGGGCAUUGCUCUACACCGGUUUCAACUCCAUUUUCUCCAGCAGCCGUAAAAUGAAUGACGUUUCUCUCCAUAUUUGCCCAGAAGAGGCAGUUAAUGAUUCCAUUUCUCUUAUAUUUAAUUAUUUUUUAUUGGGAACAAUUUAUGAUCACAAUCCAUAAAGCCCAUAUUUUUAAGACAAUACUUCUCUUCAUGUUGCAAAUACAAUCUAUUCUACAUUAAGAGGCUGAGAAGGUGGAAGGAAGCCAAACCAAAUGGAUGAUUUUAGCUUUAGGAUUGUGUCUGCUUAUGAUAUUGACUGAUCUGCAGGUUAUGAGAACACAUUUUCACAGUUAUGUUUCUUCAUAUGAAAACUAUAUUUAGUGGGCAACAACUAUUUUUAUGAUGGGAUGGGGGAAUAUAUACAUGUAUAAAAUCUGUACACAUUGAACAACUUGGUUCAAGAUGGUAGGGGUAUUUUUAGAGGGCAAUAAUUGAAAAAAAAGGGGGGCAGCUCUGCUUUAGAGAGGUAGAUGACAAGAAAUAAAAAGGAGUUUAUAACUAUUUUGUAUUAUAAAGUGGGCCUUAGAGGUAGGAAGAAGAAUGAUGGAUUUUUUGGAUCAAUCAGAAAGAAAACAUGAAAGAAAAGUCAUGAAGGUAGAGAGGAAAAAAAGGAGGAAGGGAAAAAGAGGGGGAAGAAAAUAAGAAGGUAAGAGAUAUUAUUUUUGCUGAGCAACCGGUGUUUUCAGGAUGAUACAAAGAAAAAUAUUGAAUAGAAAUUUAAAUGCAGGCUUGGAAUCAGCUACAAAUCCUAAAGAUGGGGUGUGUGUGUGUGUGUGUGUGUGUGUAUACCUUUGGGUGUUUGUGUAAAAUGUGUAUGUUCAUGAGAGAGAGAGAGAGAGGGCGUGUGGGUGUGUGGAUUAAAAUUCCAGAAUGAUCAUGGCACUUGGGUGUACAGUUAAUUCCUCCAAAGCUGCUUGCCGGCUUCAGGAGUAAAUGAGAAUUUCUUUUUUAUGAAAAGGGAUAUGCAGUAUUUGUAAUAUUAAAUUGACCUAACAUGGUAUUUGCAUGAGUCACAAUUGCAGAGUUUUGAGCAGUUUUGUAAUUUGACAUUUAGAAAAGUAUGCUAUUUAUUCCCAUGCUUUGUAUUCAUGCUUAGUAUACUAGAGAGGAUGCCAGCUUUAAUCUUUCUGUCAUUUAAAGCAAUAUGAUAAGGGUAUUCAAUAGUUGGAUACCCUAAAUUUCUGGAUGAGAACAUUUUCAAUUCUGGCCAUAAUAGAAAAACUGACCAGCCUUCUUUUUAUCCCCCCCGCCCUUUGUUUUAAAACUAUGGUUUUUUUUAAAAAGAGCAAUAAUUAAGUCAGACCUCACAAAAAUUCAUUUUUGUUUUGUCAUAAACUCUUGUAUGUUAUUCUAACAAGUAGCGAUUCUACGAAAUUUGUAUGUAGAUGUUAUACAUGUUAUCUUUGCUGCUUUUAUUAGACUAAUGUUGACUUUGGGGAGGAAGUUUAUUCACAGACAAGUAGUGGGCAUGAAGUGAAAAAUGGAACUGUCUAAUAACAAGGGUCCAUUAGACCCACCAAGGGAACCUGUAUUUUGAAGCCAAAUUCUGCAGAUGGUAGCCAAAAUAGCACACCAACAAUUGGCACCGUCUUUAUAUGGUUCAUCCUCCUAAAGAUUCUAAAUGAAUUUUCAACAAAGUGUGCUAGCCAUUGGGAACACAAAACAAAUACGAUCCAUGCUGCAAAGAACUCCGUUUACACUGGCGUGGAGACAAACAUUCUCAGCAAAACGAGAUCCACGUUAGUUAGCGGUCCUAACAGAUGAGAUCGGAGUACCAGGAAGGAAGACUGCCUUUGCCUGAGAACUUCCAGCAGAGGUGCCAGAUGCCUGGGCUGAGGACCCAGAGUUAAGAGGGCAUUCCCAAGGCAGACACAUGGAUAAGAAUAGAGGAGGCAGAAGUUUCCAGUGGCCCCAGACACAGUGGCAGUUAGUAUGGCUAAAGAGUAGUAUAGUUCUACGGGUUGCACAAAAAAUAAUAUGUGCUUCAUGUUUUCUGGACUGACUCUUGGAUCUGGUAGAGACCACAGACAUGAUAUAGACUAACUUCCGCAGUUUUUUACAUGAAGAAACCAUCCUUAUGACUUACCUUAAAGGUUUUUGCUCUGUUUUGAAGGGAACCAUGUACCCAUGUGAAACCUACAUUUGAGAAGAGAAUGUGCAGCUGAAGGAAAAGUUUAGGAGGCCACACAGUUCACGGAAUCACUUGAGAGGCAAACAAAGUGGUCUUUGACCAGAGUUGAUUGGACCAGAAGCACUUAUUGCUUAAAGGAAUAACAGAGUUAUGGCGUUGGGGCCUUCAGGCUGCACUCCAUGUGUGGGUAAGAGUGGAUAAGGAAAGAAAUGCUGUUUCGGGAACUCUCCCAUAAUCACAGAGCUCUUUUCACUGUGGCCCCUACAUCUCUGCUGUUUGUUAGAUCCCCCACGCUGUCUUUCGGAUGACUACUGUAUUCUUGCUCCACUCACUGAGGACCCUAUUAUAAUCCUACUAAAAUGUUAAUUACAAUUCCCUUGGGAGAACCAGAUUUUCUCUGUGCUUGAGUUUUUUUAUUCAUUCAAGAAACCCUGGGCCACCACUUCUUUGUACAUAGCACCGAGCUAGGCUCUGGGAUCCCAGAUGAAUUUCUUUAACUUUCUGAAGAUGGGACAGACCCCUGGAGGAAAGUCAUUCUUGCCUAAUCCAUUAAGAGGCCAUGAAAAACUUGGCUUCUGAGGCUCGGCCCCACCCCCACAUAGCAUACAAGCUUGUUAAUCUCAACUAUAGCCAGUGUUUGGAUUCUGUAGGUGUUCAAAGCUUUCCUGAAAAAUUCCAUUCUACAGUGUUCAUAGGUGUUCGCUUUCCUCCAGAGCUGAUUAACUACUGACAUGCCUUGGCUUUCUCAUCCAGAAAUUUUGGAAACAGGGUCUGUCAGUGGCAGGAGGCUGGGCUGUGUUCGACUUGGAUGGCACAAUGCAGUGUACUUGCUUCUUCAUACCCGUGCAUGCUCCCCACCCCUAGGCAAUGACAUAUAAGCAGUAUAUAGAUCAGUGUCCACAUAUAUAUACACACAUAUAUAAAGCAUAACAGGGAACACUAAAACAGUGUUGACUUUCGUCUCUAAAGACAAAUAAUUAAACAGUUUUUUUCCAACUAAAGAAUGGAUUUAAUUAAACUAGGUAUUGUGAACAAAAUAGCCUAAGUGUUAGAGAUGGUGAAUAUAUCCAGUUUUAGUUACACAACCAAUUUCCUGAAUUUGAAGCAUUCAGUGAGCUGCCAAUUUUGAUUUUGUGUUGCUCUUUACCCAAAUGACUUUUUCUUUCUUUUUCUUUUUUUGGGAGGAGGGAAAAAAAGCAAUACUGUGUUUGAAAAUUAUACUCUGUAUCUGGCUUUCCUGUGUAUGUUAACCACUUAAAUGUUAUUAUCCUGCUUUGGUUUUAUAGUGAUUGUGAGGCAUUCAAUGCAAGUAUACAGUUAUUUUCUCAUUAAAACCCAAUGUGUGUUGAGUUUUUAUAAA